GCCCCGCCCUCGCCGCCCGGUGAGCGGCCCUGGCGGCUCGAGCCCAUGAAGGGGUCGCGGCGUCUGCGCUCUCCCGCGCUGGUGCUGCUGCUCCUGCGGCCGCUGCUCGCUGCCGGAGACUCCGCGUCCCGCCCGCAGACCCGAGCCAUGAACCCGGGCGGCGGUGAGCGGGGCUCCCCGGAGGACAGCCACCGUCUGCAGCGCUCCACGGUGCCGGGCUCCGACCCGCAGCGCAGCAACGAACUGCUCCUGCUGACGUCCGGGGAGGGAGGUUCCCCGGAGCAGCGGCAUCACGUCCUCUACUUCCCCGGGGACGUGCAGAAUUACCAUGAGAUUAUGACUCGUCAUCCUGAGAAUUAUCAAUGGGAAAAUUGGAGUCUAGAAAAUAUUGCUACCAUUUUAGCCCGCCGUUUUCCCAAUAGUUUUAUUUGGGUAAUAAAGUGUUCCCGAAUGCAUUUGCACAAAUUCAGCUGCUAUGACAAUUUUGUGAAAAGCAACAUGUUUGGUGCACCAGAACAUACUCCAGACUUUGGAGCCUUUAAGCACUUGUAUAUGUUAUUAGUUAAUGCUUUUAACCUAACUCAGAACGGUAUGCUGUUCAAGAACAGGGGUGUUUGGAAUAAGGAUUGUAAAACAUCUAACUGCGAGUCUAAUUCUUCUACUAGUAUUGGUAGCCAAGAGGAAAACGAGAGGACCUGUGAGCAUGUUGAUGAGCCUUCCAUGAGUUUUGCUCCACUGUCAUUGGAUGGUGCAUCGUUUACUUUGAUUGGAUUCAGUAAAGGCUGUGUUGUUUUGAAUCAGUUGCUGUUUGAGUUGAAGGAAGCCAAGAAAGACAAGAACAUAGAUGCGUUCAUCAAAAGCAUAAGAACAAUGUACUGGCUGGAUGGUGGGCAUUCCGGAGGAAGCAAUACGUGGAUCACAUAUCCAGAAGUCUUGGAAGAAUUUGCUCAAACAGAAAUUACUGUUCACACUCAUGUAACACCUUACCAAGUACAUGAUCCAAUGAGAUCCUGGAUUGGAAAGGAGCACAAGAAAUUUGUUCAGAUACUCAGGGAUUUGGGGAUGCAAGUGACCAGCCAAAUUCAUUUUGCGAAGGAAACUCCUUCCAUAGAGAAUCAUUUCAGGGUUCACGAAGUAUUCUGAGACUAUUACUGUGCUUGCUUAAUGGGAGAAUAAAUUUUUGAAUGUUAUAAAUGCAGAUGAUGAGAUGCAAUAUUAAUGAUGCAUCAUCAGUUUGUGGGCUAAGAAGAUGCACAUUCCAAAAAUAUGAGUGUCAAAUACAGUAGGGUUGUUUUGCUUGUUAAGUGUGGGCAAUUUUAAAUUCUGAUCGGAUUAGAAUUAGUUUGAAAUCUCAAAGGGUAGUUUGUGCUAAUUCUAUGACCAUUAAUAUGAAAGCAACCAUGUUAGUUUUUUAAAAGGUAACAAAAUUGGUGUUGGAAAUAGUUGACUUUUCUGAGACCUAUUUUAAUCUAACUUUGGUAAUAACGGCAUUCAGCUGUCGACUAGAGACGUGUCACUUGCCUCUGUCCAACACACUCUGGGGACAACUACACCCUGCAUCCAGACUCCUGGGGUUUCUGAACCCCUAGACUCAUUCUCAGUGAUCCACCAAGUGUGUUUUGUUUUUUAAAGUCAAAAUAUAUUUAUCCCCCUGUAUUCAAGAUUAUAGAAUUGUAUAGUUGGUUUUUAAAACAUUACACUGAGCACUGUAACUUAAUUCUUAAUUGUCGGUUUUUAAUUAUUUGUUAGUGUGCUCUCAAAACGAGACAGAUUUCACAGACCUAAAUCAGCAUUUCUUCAGAAGCAUGGUUUUGUCUGCCAAGAGAAAAUAGCUUUCUUUGGCCAAAUGUAAAAUUAAAUUGAUGAGAUAAGAAAGGUUACAAAGGAAGGUUUGGAGACACAAAUAAUUUAAAUUUUGGCCCAGAAACUGAAUUUGCUUAACACUGCUACAUAAUUUGGGCACAUUUUUCUUUACUACAAAAAUGCAUUUUGAGAAACCUAGAUCUAACGAAUUUCAAACAACAUUGGAACAUAGCUGUGUAGUUUUAAAAAGUGGUCAGGCACUUUUUUAUUUAUAAAUAAUGCUGUGCAGGUCAUGAAAUAACUAACAGGGAACUAAAAACCCUGCUGCUUUGGGCAAGAAACUGAACUAAAGAAUGGCACCUCCCAGGCCCAGCAAGCUAGUCUAUUUAUCAAACAAUAUGAAAAGAGUUAAGUCUUUGGAUUCUUCCAAAGUUACAUCUUAAUCAGCCUAUAAGUAUAUUCCAAAUACUCACUCAUGAUAAAGGAUUCCUUCACACAUGUUUAAAAAUGAGUAUAAUUCCAUCAACUUACAGUUGAGUAUCUGUACAUUUUCCUAAGUAGUUGUAUAUUGUUCCACUUUCUUUGAAUAUCCAUUCUUUUGAGAUCAACACUUCCCAUUGUAAAAACAACUUACCUGGUUUCUAACUUACUAUGUAUUUCCUUAACAUUAAGCACUGUGAUUGGAUGGCUAUCUUUAAUAAUCCUCAAAUGUGUCACUUAAUAUAAAACUGAACUAUUGAAUGGUCAUACAGAAGGGAAAAGCUUUAGUUUUCACAGGAUUAACUGAAGUAGAAAGAGAAGGGUUUUCCUUUAAGAACUCAUUGAGUUCUUCACCUCUCCCUAUGAAUGUUCAAUUGUUACAUGUUAAAGUGGAUAUUGAUCAGAUGGACACUAGAACCAUCAUCACCUCUGGAGACAGUCUUAAGUACUACAGAUGCUAAGGAGUGAAUGAUUGAGUUGACCCUCACACAGGUAUUUCUGUUUAGUACUUCAAAGUGGUCCUUUCUUUCAUCUGUUUAAAGUUGUAUAUGCUAAUUUUUUAUGGUAAACAUGCUACUUGAUUGUGCCUUUGUAAAGAGUCACUGAGAGAAGUGGUCCUACAAAUGUGAACAUUGUUACCACUACAGCAUGAAUGUAUAAUAUUAAAAAUAAUAAUCCACAGAAAUGUUAUUUGGAUG